AUGGAAGAGGGAAAUCACUCGGUGGUGACUGAAUUCAUUCUCUCAGGACUGACAGACCGUCCGGAGCUGCAGGUCCCCCUGUUUGUGUUGUUCCUACUGAUUUAUGUUGUCACCAUAGUAGGGAAUGGGGGGAUGACCUUGUUAAUCACGAUUGAUCCCCGACUCCACACCCCCAUGUACUUUUUCCUCCGGAGUUUGUCUUUCUGUGAUCUCUGCUAUUCCUCAGUAAUUGUCCCUAAGAUGCUGCAGGAUUUCUUAGCAGAGAGAAAAAGCAUUUCGCACGCUGCCUGUGCUGUGCAAAUAUACCUCCUUGUCUCUUUUUCAGAUACUGAGUGUCUCUUGCUGGCUGUGAUGGCGUAUGACCGUUAUGUGGCCAUCUGUAACCCACUGCUCUAUAGCAUCAUCAUGUCCAGGCAGCGUUGUAACCAGCUGGUGGCCGUGGUGUGCGCUAUGGGGUUGGUGGAUGCAAUGAUACAAUCAUGUUGUAUAUUUCAGCUGUCAUUCUGCCGCUCCAACAUCAUCAACCAUUUCUGCUGUGACAUCCCCCCAUUGCUGCCACUCUCCUGCUCUGACACCAGCAUCAGUGAGACUGCGAUGUUUGCCUCCAUAUGCUACAUUGUAGCCACCAGUUUAGUCACCAUCCUCCUCUCCUAUGUCUGUAUCAUCUCCACCAUCCUGAAGAUCAGCUCUGCCGAGGGCCGGCGCAAAACCUUCUCCACCUGCACUUGUCACUUGAUCACAGUGGGCAUGUUUCAUGGCAUUCAACUCUUCAUGUAUUUACGUCCCUCCUCCAGCUAUUCCCUGACCACGGACAAAAUAGCCUCGGUGUUUUACACGGCAGUGAUCCCCUUUUUGAACCCCCUCAUCUACAGCCUGAGGAACAGGGAGGUGAAGGACGCCCUGAAGAAAGUAAUCAAUAAAUUCCUAAGCCAUCUGUGA